CUUUCUGGCAGUGAUGGAGUUCAUGAAACUAGCUUCCAUACAGCAUCGGAAGGGGCGGAAGUGAUCCUAGCGAUCGUAGUUUGAUGCAAGACUAUAGGGAAGAUGAGGAACCGGUCCGGUCCAGUCGGUCUAUGCCUGUACCGGAACAUCUUCAGAAGCGGCCACCUACAGACAUUGAAGCACCCCCACCAUCUUAUGAUGAAGCUGUAGCUCCUCCUACAGCAACAGCAAGACGAGCAGAAGCUGAGGAGGAUUCAUUGACCCCUGAUGAAAUAGCCGUGAUAAUGAGGUCACGAGAAGAUGUUAAUACAGCUGGUGUUCAUGACACUUCAGCUGCCAGCGGUGGUACCGAAGAGUAUUUGUCUCCCGAUCAGCAGGACAUGUACAAUCAAAGACAACAAGAUCGCAAUAAUUAUCUCCCUUCUGCCGAGAGACGUCAAAGUUUUGAGGAGGCCAUGGAAAUGACUUCUAGACAUAUGCUGGAGUUACCUAAGAAUGGUGAAAGGGUAGCACCACCUGAAGUUACACCGCCUGCUGCCGAGUUUGAACCCAUGGAGAUAGAGGAGGGUAGGCACAGAGAAGAGUAUACAUGCUCAGGAUGGGGUCCACUCGAUGAGCCAAAUGACAAGAAUUCUGCCGUUUCCUACACGACGACAGUCUCUAAAUCGUCUGAUCUUGUUCUCCGCCCUCAAUUAUCGUCGUAA